AUGAAUCGGGCGUCCGAUGAGCUCAGGAAUACCACAGCUGAGGCAAUAUCCUCAGUUGCAACCUAUGAGUUGGCCUGUAAUCAAAUUCUGCAGCAAAAAAAAAAACAUUACAACGAGUUUAAGACAGUAAUCAUCGCUGAUGACAACGACCGACAACUAGAUGUCAAUCGGCUGCAAAAUCUACCGCUACUCGAAGCAGUUGUAUGCGAAACACUGCGCUUGCAUUCGCCGGCUCUCAUUGAAGGCCGAAUUGCCGAAAACGACUAUCCAUUGGACGGCCGGAAAACAGGUAUAACUAUCAAAGCCGGCGAAGCGGUAGAGUUUGGCAUUUAUGCGAUGCAUAUGAACGCCGACUACUAUCCCAAUCCCGAACAGUUCAAUGUCGACCGUUUUCUACCGGAAAAUCGUAAUCAACUGAAUUCCUAUGCAUUUCUACCGUUUGGUUUGGGUCCGCGACAGUGUAUUGCCAAACGGUUUGCAAUGAUUAAUAUGAAACUAACACUCGCGACAUUGGUAUUGAAAUACCGAUUCAAUACAUGUGCCCAAACAGAUAUACCACCCAAAGUCAAAUGUAUUUAA